UAUGGUCAUUGGGACGUUAGGCAAUGUAUAGAUGGAAGUUUUUUUUACAGGUUUGACGUAGUACCCAGAGGUUGUAGGGCAGGAUAAAUCCCCCCAAAAAACAGACUGACCCUCCUCCAUCACUGAUGGACAAUACCAGAAUGAACUCUUUCCUAGAGUACACAAUUUGUAACCGCGGGACUAGCGCCUACUCGUCCAAGACCGGGUAUCCCCAUUUGGAUCAAGGGAUCGCAGCUUCCUUUCCGCCCUGCUCAGGUACAGCCAGUGACAGCUAUAGUAACCCUGAUGGACGCUUUUUCGUGGGAGGGAGCGCACCCGCCGCCUCCGCCUCCCAGCAUCAGCACCAGAACCCGAGCUAUCCGCAUCACCACCAGCAUCAUGCCAACAUGGGGCUGCCUUAUGCCAGUACCGGCCAGGCCGGAUACGGCUCCCAAACGUGCCCGAACCAGGAAUACGGGCACCAGUACUAUCUCAGUCAAGAUCAGCAGGAUGGAGUCUACUUCCAGUCCUCUGGUUAUUCUGGCACCAACAUUGGGCCCAACUUAGGCGCUCUGGCCGGUUACUGUGGGGUACCUGCGACCGUCACUACGAACCAGUAUCAGCCGUCAGCCUGUGCCGGCCCGGACCACCAGCAGAGCUAUCUGCAAAGCCCUUAUGCCAACGUAUCCCCAACUCAGGCAGGAGAGAGGGACUUGAACUGUCAAUCUGUUCAAGGUUCCUCCGGGCAAACCUUUGACUGGAUGAAAGUUAAAAGAAACCCACCAAAAACAGCUAAAGUUGCAGAUUAUGGGUUAAAUGGCCAACAAAAUAUCAUCAGGACGAAUUUCACCACCAAACAGUUGACGGAACUCGAGAAGGAAUUCCAUUUUAAUAAGUACCUGACCCGGGCCAGACGCGUGGAGAUCGCAGCCACACUCGAACUGAACGAGACCCAGGUCAAGAUCUGGUUCCAGAACCGACGGAUGAAACAGAAGAAACGAGAAAAGGAAGGGUUAGCCCCGCGAGUCAGCAGGGAUUCGCCGAAAGACUUGGGAGACAACUCGGAUCAGUCCAGUUCGUGCUCACCUGAUGCAUCUCCAAACCCGGGUUCUUCAUAAAAAAAACAAAAAAAAAAACAAGACACUUCAAACAUAAAAACUUCAACAUUCCAUUACAAAUGAAUAAGAAUGUAAAAAGUUCCAAAAAAAAAGGCGUGUCUUUUAAUAUUUCUUAUUCCUCUAUACAGUGUUAUUAUUUUAAUGAAGUGUAACUGGAGAUUACUAAAAUGAAUAACUACCUUAACAGCCAAACAAACUUGUUGAGGCUGGAUCCAGCCCAAUUUCAGCGUUUCGGGCCAGAGAGAUUGGGAAACACGACCCAUUAAAAGACAUGCUUGUGCAGCACAACAAUACCAGCUCAGGGAUAUUACACUCAUGAAGUUGAGAGAGCACUUUCCGCCUGUUUACACCCUUUAAUGUCAGUACCCUGUGUUAUAAUGUGAAUUAAUUAUGAAUAAUGAGCCGGAGAAGCACGUAUAUGCUGUAUAUAUGUGUUAUGGGGGCUGUAAAUAUUCGUAGCCUCGAUACAGAAUAUAUACCUCAAUGUUUUCUGGGAUGUAAUGUUUUUUUUUAAAUUGUGUAUUUUUGUUGCAACUUAAAGCGUGCUUAUCUGGUCGAUAGCGUCUAAGAUUAAUUCAUUAAUUAAUUGGAGCAUCUAUAAAUAUACGUUUUGCUCUUUGCACUACUGAGGAUGUCAGGGUAAUUAUUUUUUUUUCGUGGAUAAAGCUACCACGAGGUAUAAUAAUAAUAAUAAUAAUAAUAAUAAUAAUAAUAAUAAUAAUAAUAAUAAUAAUAAUAAUUACAAUUUAGAAAUGCUACGCUGGUUUUACUUCUGGGUGAAAGGUGUGUUUGUGUUUGCUAAUACUAGGUCAUCAGUGGUACGUUUUACAAUAUAAAGAAAAACUAUUACAACAACAAAAAGGUUCCUGAAUGUUUUACAUAUAGACAGUUUUUUUCCACCCUUUUUUCCCUCUCUGGAACAAUAAAACUGCAAAUAGUUCUAUUUAAAGGGUUCUAAAUCGAAUUGAACUUUCAGGGGUUCCAGGUUCCAUUUUGGAUUCUGUUUAGAACAUUUUGGUUUCAUAUGGAACUUAGAAGUUCUGUGUAAUGGUUCUUUAUGGAAUGCAGGCAAAAUAAAGGGUUAUAGUGAAAAAGAACGCUUUUCAUAUACGUGGUGCAGACGACUACUGAUUUCAGAUGUAUUUAUUUUUAUUUAAUGAAAUUGGGAUAGAAAAUGAUACAGUCCAACGUAGUAGGCCUUAUAUAUUCAUAUGUUUACAUGAAAGCACAAUUCAAGUGCCAGUUGAAAAGGUCUUAACACCGCGAGUCUGUGAACGUGCUGAGUUGUAUCAGCAUCUUUCUGUUUUUCUUUUUUAUUAUUAGUUUUUGAUGAACAUGGUUGUAAAAUGAAAUUCAGCUUUCU